UUUUCAAUAAACGAAGGACCGAUACUAACGAUGAAACCAAAUGUUCGAGAACAUGAAGUAAUAACAGCAAUAUUAGCUCUAUCGCAACGGCAUAAUCUUGAUUUGAUUACAAUUCUGGGUGUAAUGAAAUUAUUCAAAGGAUUCAUAAACCAAAACACAUUACCAACAACAAAAAUGGGCUUGUGGAGAAGAUUGAACAGAGUAGAAGAAAAUUUCCAAAUACGUUAUCCGUACUGCAAAGAAUGUCGAGAUGUAAUUGGAGUCGGUAAAGAACGUUUUAAUGAUUGCGAGUGCGGACUCUCCGGACCCGAAAAACCAUUGAAAUUCAGUUCAUACUUCAUUCAACUGAAUAUGAAAAUGCAGUUAAGAAGAAUAUUAUCAACGCCCGAUUUUCAUCAAUUACUGGAUUAUCGAAUGAAUCGGCAAAAAAUCCAUCUCAACGGAAUUGAAGAUAUUUUUGAUGGUGAACGAUACAAGAAUUUACGAAGAAUUGGUCAAUUUUUACAUUCCAAUUGGAAUUUUUCAUUUACCAUAAAUACAGAUGGAUGUCAAGUCGGCAAGUCGUCCAAACACAGUGCGUGGCCAAUAUUAUUGAGUAUCAACGAACUUCCUCCUCAUGCGAGGAAAAGAUUCAUAAUCUUGGCAGGAAUUUGGAUUGACGAGAAACAUCCGGAUUUAACUAUUUAUAUGAGGCCGAUUAUAGAAGAACUUCGUGAACUGUUUCAUACCGGUAUCGAAUGGAGGUCCAACGGGAUUGAAAGAAUCACGAGUAAAUUUAUUGUUACAACUUGUUCAGUAGAUACUCCAGCGAGAAGUCAAAUUCUCAAUAUGACAAGAUACAACGGUCGAAAUGGAUGCAGUUUUUGUUACGCACCAGGGAUUCGACUGGAAAAUGGAGCUCGGGUAUAUCCGAUCGAAGAUAUAGUUAACCGUACGGAUCGUGAAAUUCGCGAAGAUAUGACGGAAGCGACACGUACAAGGAGCAAAGUGAGAGGUGUGAAGGCAAAUUCAAUACUGAGAUGUCUGCAACAGUUUGAUCUUCGUAGAGGCGUCGUAGUCGAUUCAAUGCAUUGUGUCGACAUUGGUGUGGUGAAAAAAUUGACGGAGCUGGUUCUUUACAGCAGAACAGCGGUACCUUGGCAUUGCGGUAACGCACGAAUGCGUAGGAGGAUCAAUGAACGACUCACAAAAAUACGAACACCAAGUCGAUUAGCUAGGAAACCGCGAGGUAUCGAAUAUUAUCACUUGUGGAAAGCAUCGGAGUGGCGGAAUUGGAUUUUAUAUUACUGCAUACCGUGCUUGACUGAUUUGAUACCGGACAUAUAUCUUGACUUAUUUCGCAUGUUGUCUGAGGCACUGAACAUACUGAAUGGGGACACAAUGACUUUGGAAGAAAUUGAAAGAGCUCAAAGACUCAUUGAUGACUUCGCAACGCAGUAUGAAGAAAGAUACGGCUUAGUAAACAUGUCCAUAAACAUCCAUCUUUUGAGGCACUUGUGCGAAACAGUUAAACAUUGGGGACCGCUAUGGGUGCACAAUGUUUAUAAAUUUGAAAGUUUCAACAGACAAAUAUUAAAUUCGUUACACAGCAGUAAUGGUAGACAACUUCAAAUCAUGAAUAGAUAUUUAUUAAACGAAUAUAUCAGAUACGUCAUGAAAAGUCCAGAUUUUAACGACCUGACGAAACAAACAAUUAGAGACAUAUGGAAUAACGGUAAAAAAACACUCUGUCAAGGUGAUAUCGAUUACGAACACUACAACGACUUUAGAGCAUUCGGAAUAACGCAAUCACGGAAUGCAUACAAUUGGGAAAAUGAUCUACUGAUAGAGCAAGGACUAGUGUGUAACGGUAGACUCAACAUUUCCAAAAAAGUUUUCUACAAAGGAACCUUGUAUACCAGCGUCGAAGGGGACAAAAAAGACAAUCGCAGUUGUGAUAAAUACAUUUAUACGAUUGACGGAAGAUUUGCGGAAAUUUUAAGCAUUGUGAGCUACCAAACGAAUGAUGGAAACACAAUCAAUGGACUUUUUAUCAAAUGGUUUGAAAAUACUGGGAACCUACAAGGAGCAGCACACAUUCGAUCUCUGCGCUUUUCAACUAGAGGAUUCGUCGAAAUAAAAAACGUCAGGGUACCAGUAAUAAUAUUUAAAUACAACGACACAAUUUACGGAAUGAAAAUUUCCAAUGUAUGGGAAACGGAUUGA